AUGGGAAUCCCACUCAUAUGGACACCACCUGCACAAUCUGGUGCAAGUAAUAACCGAAGAAACAACGCGAAAUCUCACCCCUUAGCCCCAUCGCGCUCCACUAUCCGGCGCCAACGACCUUUCCGCCGCUUUCAAAGAGGCAAUAAUGAUACAAAUAGUUCCAAUGGUUCAAGCCGAAACCAUGGCUACGUGCCUUAUUACCGGUCCUCAAUGCCCCAAUGGGUAGAGACCCUCAGUCGCGAAAUCCUUGGCGACUCUACCGCCGGCGAACAAGGAAGUGUCCGGAACCCUUCCUCCCAGGAUUAUGAGUCUCGAUUGGACUGGCCUUCAUCUGCUGUAUCGUCUUCCUCCUCUACUUUAGCGAGACGUGAAAUUGGCCAGCAGUUGGCCAGAGAUGUCGUGCGCUAUGAAGCGCCAGGUCUCCGCAUGAGGAUCCCCCGCGAGUCAUCAUUGAACUCCGACACGCUCUAUUCCCCCUUGUGGCCUCCAAGGAAUGGGCCCUCCCGCCAAUCAGCGUCGAAUGGCAAUGCGACUAGCUCCCGGUCGGCGGUGUCUCCCCCGGACUUGGCUCCCUACAGCCCUAGGUUUGCACCGGCAUUCCCACCCCGUAACAACAACAGUAAUGAGCUCACAGCUCCCGCCAGUUACACCUCGUCCACCACCACACUCCGGUCCAAUAAUAACGACCCAUACAUGCCAUUAUUACGGAGAGUUGGCCACCGCUCCAUCGGCUCGGAUACAGGUUAUGCAGGCCCACCUCGUACCCGUAACAUAAAUAGACUUGAACGUAGUUCCUACUACGGCGACGGCGCCAACGAUGACGAAGACGAAGACGACGACGAUGAUGAGCAUAAUAUGUGGGAAACCUUAUUCACAACCAUAACACCAGACGAUAAUCUCCCCAGCUUCGAAUCCUCAUUUACCUCCGCCACGGCAUCCGCUUCCACACCACCCACCCGCAGCUCAGCCAACUCCUCACAAACAACACUCCCCUCGUCAAUUGGUGUCGCUAACCCGACCCGUCUCUUUAUCCCCCUCGAAUCAUUCGCCGAUCAGGGCAACCACUGCGAUUUCCUCUCCUCAUCCGAAGGCUCAGAUACAGAGCCUGAGUCAGACAUGGAGCGCGAUCCCACACGUGCUCGUGUGGCUUAUCGUCAUCGUUAUCAACCCCGUCGCCCAAGUCCGCUCCCAACAACAACAACAACAGCAGCAGCAGCAACAGCAGCAACAACAACAACAUCAUCAGCGAUAUCAUCGUCAUUGCUGUCGAUAUCGACGCUGCCACCGCGGGAGGAUAAUAGCCAACAGCAGCAACGAGAGUCUCGACAACAUCAACAGCAACAAUCCAACACUCCCACGGAAACGGACUCGUCAACUCCAACUCCAUCCUCAUUCAACGUCUCCCUCGGCCAGAGUAAUGUCCUGGAAGAUCUUCAUCAGGUCCAAGCUAUCAUUGACCGACUGUCGCGGAGACAGGAUAUUCCGGAUGAAUGGUGGGCAGCUGUGGGUUUAUCGAGGAAUUUGGGUCGUGGUGUUACUGAUGUCCCUGCUCGAAGUGGUAGUAGUGGUAAUACCAAUACCAAUACCAAUACCAAUGCUUCUUGA